AUGUAUCUUCUUCAUUUCCUGUUCUUGCUGCUGCUGGCUGCAGUGACUCUGGGUCAGGCUCCGGCGGAUUCCUCCCCGGCUGGCCCGACUCUGCCUGGCACGGCGUCUGACUGCAACAGAUGGUACAAGAUCAAGAAAGGCGACGGCUGCGACUCCGUUCAGAAGGAGUUCGGGAUCACCGCAAAGGACUUUUUUGCCUGGAACCCCGAUGUCUCGUCUGACUGCUUGAAGAACUUCUGGGUUGACAACGCGUACUGCGUCGGGGUUGGGCCUGUCCCCAGCGGCAGCCCUAGCCCUAGCCCAAUCACGUCUUCCUCGGACAAGUCUUCACUUUCUGCUUCCUCUCUUUCUUCCUCUCCCCCGUCCCCCCUUUCUUCCUCCCAGUCAGCUCCUGUUUCAUCUUCUCCAUCUUCCAACGACUCGACCGGUCCGGCCAGCUACACAUUCAAUCACCCUAUCACUUCGUUAACUAAGCUGCCUCCGCCCCCAACCGAAACUGCUUGGAAGACGCAGGCGGGUCAGCCAAAGUCGUGCUACAGGUGGCAUAAGGUGCAGUAUGGGGAGACCUGUAGAAAGAUCGCGAACCUGUACAGUCUGAUCACCCUGGAUGAGUUCAUUGAAUGGAAUCCCGAAGCUGCCGUCGACUGUGACAAUAUCUUCGCUGGCUGGCAGGUAUGUGUCGGCGUGGUGAAACUGUUCACCUUCAACAAACCCACUUCGGGUCCCGUGUCAGUGCCGGAGCCGACGCCGUACACUCCAAGCGGCCCCCGUACCUGGACCUUCACGACCCCCCUCCCAUUCUCAAUUCCUGCGAAUUUCACCCUCGGUCCUUACACGGCCACGUCCAUGCCUACUUACAACGUCCAAGUCAACACUACCAAAGAAUGUCGGGCCUGGUACCAGGUUGACUAUACUCAGGGUUGCGAGAAUGUGGUCAAUCUAUUCGGCACAUUUUCCAUGGAGGAUUUCAUUGCCUGGAAUCCUACCCUUGGAAGAGACUGCAAGGGAAUCCAAAAUGGCUUCUGGUACUGCGUGGCUGUUCCUGGUACCCCUGCCAGCCGGACGGCACCUGAACGUCCCCCAGUUUUUCCAACGAGCCUUCGUCAACCGGGAGUGGCAUCCAACUGUAAUCGCUGGUGGAGGGUCCUCCGGUUCGACACCUGCGACAAAAUUAUCUAUCGGAAUGACCUCGAGUUUGAAGACUUUUAUAAAUGGAACCCUGCUAUUUCCUGGCCCAGCUGUAAAGGUCUGAUCCGUGAUAGUGAGGUCUGUGUGGGGGUGGCCAACAACAAGACUAUAACGUCGAGUUCGUGGCCUCCCAACUCCACGUCUCCUCCUCCUCCUCCCCUUUAUCCCACCGGUUGGAACCUCACCAGUCACGUCCCGAUGACAUCCUCAUCGCGACUCCCACCCUCUCUUCCACCCGUCCGUUCGUCGGGCACGACUUGGAUUCGGUUGUCGGGUUUUACUACGAGCUACGGGACUCCUCCGUCAACGUCCUGGCCUCCGGUGUCGACUGUGACUUCUUGCAACGACACGUCGAGCACUUCGUGGAAAGAUUGGACCAGCACCGGCGUCCAAUCGACCAGGUCCCAGUCUUCUUCUAAGCCGACGGCGAUCGCCCCUGUGGCUAGCCCGACCCUGAUCAUGACUACUCCGUGCAAUAGCUCCGGCAUCUCGCCGCCCUCGGCGCCUUCCUGGACGGACACAGAUGACGAUUGGACUAGCACCGACAUCGACCCGAGUACGCCCUGGUAUUCUGCCCCAACUGUCGCUGCCCCCAGCAUCUCUGUCCCCGUGGUUAAUCCGACCAUGAUUACGAGCACUCCUUGCGUGAGCGCGAGUAUGCCGCCAUCUCCCACGUCGCCUUCCUUGACCGAUACUAUCAUUGGCACCCACUCCGGGUCUGCUCCAGUGUCUUCAUCCGGCCCGUUGCCCUCGGUGACCACCGUUUGUCCUCAUGACAAGGGCAAUGGUACCCCUGGUUGCGUGCGGCCUUCCAUGACUGCCUUCUCCUCGCAAGAUGAAGUCCUGACUGUCACCGUGAGGACGACCACCACCAUCAUCUGCGAUACUGUCCUGGGCCAUUGA